AAUAAUUAUACUGAUCUCCAUUUUAAAGUGCUCUAACAUUUACUGAUGAAAAUGGCUAUAAAAGGGCUAGGUAGUGUUGUAUUCUGUCACUUUGCAAAGUUGUAACUACAGUGAAUGUCUUUUAAUUAACUCUUGUGUCCUCUCUUUUUUUCUCUGUAUUGUAUUUAACAGCAUCAGCCCACUGUCAGCAAGUUCACAUAAUGCUUGUUUGGUUACCACUGUUACUAAACAUGGUAUAUAAACAGAAUAGUUUAGGAACAAUAUAUCAAUGGUAGCUGCAGAGUAAAUAGGUAGACAUCUCAUAGAUCUAUAGGUUUCAGAGUAGCAGCCAUGUUAGUCUGUAUUCGCAAAAAGAAAAGGAGUACUUGUGGCACCUUAGAGACUAACAAAUUUAUUUGAGCAUAAGCUUUCGUGAGCUACAGCUCACUUCAUCAGAUGCAUUCAGUGGAGAAUACAGUGGGGAGAUUUAUAUACAUAGCCCUGGUCUACACUAGGAGUUUAGGUCGAAUUUACAGCUGUUAAAUCGAUGUAAACCUGCACCCGUCCACACGAUGAAGCCCUUUUUUUUUUUACUUAAAGGGCUAUUAAAAUCGAUUUCCUUAAUCCACCUCUGACAAGUGGAUUAGCGCUUAAAUCGGCCUUGCCAGGUCGAAUUUGGGGUACUGUGGACGCAAUUAGAUGGUAUUGGCCUCCGGGAGCUAUCCCAGAGUGCUCUAUUGUGACCGCUCUGGACAUCUCAACUUAGAUGCACUGGCCAGGUACACAGGAAAAGGCCCGCGAACUUCUGAAUUUCAAUUUCCUGUUUGCAUGGUCACCUGCAGCUUGCCACGCUGGCCAGAGCUCAUCAGCAGAGGUGACCAUGAUGGAGUCCCAGAAUCGCAAAAGAGCUCCAGCAUGGACCGAACGGGAGGUACGGGAUCUGAUCACUGUAUAGAGAGAGGAAUCCGUGCUAUCAGAACUCCGUUCCAGUUUUCGAAAUGCCAAAACAUUUGUCAAAAUCUCCCAGGGCAUGAAGGACAGAGGCCAUAACAGGGACCCGAAGCAAUGCUGCGUGAAACUUAAGGAGCUGAGGCUAACCUACCAGAAAACCAGAGAGGCGAACAGCCGCUCCGGGUCAGAGCCCCAAACAUGCCGCUUCUAUGAUGAGCUGCAUGCCAUUUUAGGGGGUUCAGCCACCACUACCCCAGCCGUGUUGUUUGACUCCUUCAAUGGAGAUGGAGGCAACACAGAAGCAGGUUUUGGGGACGAGAAAGAUGAUGAUGAUGAAGUUGUAGAUAGCUCACAGCAAGCAAGAGGAGAAACCGGUUUUCCCGACAGCCAGGAACUGUUUCUCACCCUGGACAUGGAGGCAGUCGCCCCCCGGACCCACCCAAGGCUGCCUCCUGGACCCGCCAGGUGGAGAAGGGACCUCCGCUGCAUGUGUUUCAAUGAUCACAGGAUCUUCUCCUUCCCAGGAGCUAAUGAAGAUUAGAAGGCGAAAAAAACGCACUCAUGAUGACAUGUUCUCUGAGCUCAUGGUGUCCUCCCACACUGACAUAGCACAGACGAUUGCGUGGAGGCAGACAAUGUCAGAGUGCAGGAAAGCACAAUAUGACCGGGAGGAGAGGUGGCGGGCUGAAGAGAGUAAGUGGCAGGCUGAAGAGAGUAAGUGGCGGGCUGAAGAGAGGGUUGAAGCUCAAAUGUGGCGGCAGCGUGAUGAGAGGAGGCAGGAUUCAAUGCUGAGGCUGCUGGAGGAUCAAACCAAUAUGCUCCAGUGUAUGGUUGAGCUGCAGGAAAGGCAGCAGGAGCACAGACCGCCACUACAGCCCCUGUGUAACCAACCCCCCUCCUCCCCAAGUUCCAUAGCCUCCUCACCCUGACGCCUAAGAACGCGGUGGGGGGGCCUCCGGCUACUCCACCCCAGAGGAUUGCCCAAGCAACAGAAGGCUGGCAUUCAAUAAGUUUUAAAAUUUUAAACUUUUAAAGUGCUGUGUGGCCUUGUCCUUCCCUCCUCCACCACCCCUCCUGGUGCUUCUCUCCUCCACCACCCCUCCUGGGCUACCUUGGUAGUUAUCCCCCUGUUUGUGUGAUGAAUGAAUAAAGAAUGCAUGAAUGUGAA